UGCUCGUGGCCGUGUUUACGUGCGCGCGCAUCUCAGGUAUCUGUGGUUCUUUAGUGCUAUGAAGUUACGCGCUCGGGAGGAACCGAUGCAAAACGUGUAUUCUGGCAUAUUCAAAUUAACCGAGGCGAAGUCCGAGAGAAAUGUUUAUCUCGUAGUUUAUUCUGAUACAAAAUAAUUCGUUUUUAAAUGGCUUCAUUUCGGUAAGAUUUAACCCGUCGUUUAUAGUGUGGGGGAAACAAUGAAAGACGUACACCUGUCAUCCGAUUUAUGUAGCAAUGGUUCAGUAAUAAGGAUCUUCUGUCCCGCCUCUGUUUGUGUGUUUGACACGGGGGUUUGCAACACAUCUUUUAGUGUAGACAGCUCUAAUAUAAACUCUACAGUCACCACAGCAGCUCUCGCCAUCAACAAAUGGAGCAACUACAAUUUCUGGAUGGGCUUGUCGCUGGCCGUGCUCUCAGCUUUCCUCAUAGGAGGAAGCAUUAUACUGAAGAAGAAGGCGUUGCUGCAUUUGGCCAGUAUUGGGGAAACGAGAGCAGCUGAGGGAGGUCAUGGGUACCUGAAGGACUGGUUGUGGUGGGGAGGCCUUUUGACAAUGGGUGGAGGUGAAGCGGCAAACUUCACAGCGUACAUGUUUGCUCCAGCCACAGUGGUGACCCCUUUAGGAGCUCUCAGUGUUCUUAUCAGUGCAGUUCUGUCCUCCCACUUCUUCGGAGAAACAAUGAAUCUGCUUGGAAAACUUGGCUGCAUGCUCAGCAUACUGGGAAGCACUAUAAUGGUUAUACAUGCACCUGAAGAGGAAGAAGUGACGACGCUUACAGAAAUGACAGAGAAACUGUUGGAUCCUGGUUUUUUAGUGUUUGCCAGUACUCUGCUGGUUGCUUGUAUGCUCCUGAUCUUCUACGUCUCCCCUCGCUUCGGUCAAACUAACAUAUUAGUCUACAUUAGCAUCUGCUCUCUGCUCGGAGCGUUCACUGUGUCCUCGGUCAAAGGCCUCGGCAUCGCGAUACGCACCAUGUUCUCUGACCUCUCAGUGGUCCGUCACCCUCUCACCUGGAUUCUUUUGCUGACCUUAAUCGGAUCCAUCAUCAUCCAGGUCAACUAUCUGAAUAAGUCGCUGGACACCUUCAAUACGCUCUUGGUAUAUCCCAUCUACUAUGUCUUCUUCACCACCGUAGUCCUGAGCACCUCUGUGAUUCUCUUUAAAGAAUGGGGAGCCAUGUCAGGAGUGGAUGUGGUGGGCACCAUCGGGGGCUUCCUGGUGAUCGUGAUCGGGGUGAGCAUGUUACACCUCUUCAAAGACAUGAACAUGUGUUUUGAAGAUCUAAGAAGCAAUCUUUAUCAGCCACAGAGCCCGUCAAAGAUGGAGGACAAGCACAUGCUCAUAGAGAACAUAGACAGCCUGCCGCCUAUGAGAGAGGAAGGGCCCAGAGUCUUCAUCAUCAGCUGAGACUGGAUCAGAUCUCAGCUAGUUUGAAUAUACAGUUUAGUAAUAUUCUCAUUUAAUUGAUGUUAAUUGGUGAUUUCCUCUGCUGAAAGCUGUAGUACUAUGACGCACUGAUUUGGAUUGGCUGCUGCUGAGUACAUUGAUGAAGCAGAUUUUUAAAUUUUUUUAAAUAUUAUUUUGCUGUUAGUCAAAUUUGUGUCUUGAAUUCAACUUUUAGCAACGUUGGGAAUGUUUAAAGACUGAAACAGUGUGAAACAGAGCAUGACGCAGCAGAACUUUUCAAUCUUGCUGCUGAAAACUGCCAGUGAAGCACCUAAUAUACAAAAUAUUUAUUUUUCCUCUCUUGAACGGAUGGGUUAUAUUUCCAGAGAAUUAUCUUAAAAAUAGACCGGUGAAUUGAAAAUAUUUGCAUACAUUUUGAAUGGAAAAUAAAAAAUAUAUAUAUUUCAUA